AUGGAAAUCACUCAAGUAGAGGCGUAUGUUAAGACAGGUUUACCACCUUGUUGUCUAAGAAUAUUCCAGGACAAGUUUGUCCUUGUUGGUACAUAUGAGCUGGAUAAACCUACAGGAAACAGAACAGGCUCAAUAGAUAUAUAUGAUGUCAAUUUUAAACUUAUACAUACCUACUUUACAUAUGGUGCAAUCUUAGACUUAAAGUUGAGUCCCUUCGAUAGUACACUGCUAGCAACUGCUCAUUCUACAGGGAAUAUUAUGAUAUGGAAGAUCGUUACAGAAGACUGCAAUAAUGAUAUAACCAUUGAACUAAUAUCAGAUCUAUUCGCAUUUGAGAAUGACACUUUGGUCACUUCUUUGCAUUUUUCUCCAUUAGACCCAAAAUUGAUAUGUGUGACCACCACUACUGGAGAAUGUGCUACUUUUGACAUAGAAGUAGGAGAAAAGACAUUCAAUGCUGAAACUGUGAAGGAUUCCUACUCCAAGAUAGACACCAAAACUGUCACAGUACAAGGAAAUGAUGUAACUGGUAGGGAUUUAGUCGUGGAAACAUUUACUGAGACACAUGGGUUGGAAUGCUGGACGGCAGAAUUUGGACAACUAUCACCUUUACAAGAUGUACUGUUCACAGGAGGUGAUGAUUCUACUAUCAUGGCCCACGAUUUGAGAUCUAAGGACAAUAUAUGGAGUAACCAGCGGAUUCACGAGGCUGGUGUUGUAGGUAUUAAAUGUAGCUCCGAGACAUUCAGACAAUCAAGACCAACAUCCAUCAUCACAGGUUCGUAUGAUGAUAAUAUUAGAAACUUGGACCUUAGGAUGUUAGGUGUCAAUAUUUAUCCUGGGAGGAACACACCUGUAAGUCAUAUUAGUACCAAGAACAUGGGUGGCGGUGUGUGGAGAUUUUCAGACAUUCCAAUGUCAUUAAAGACAGAUUUAGUUGAUAAAUUGAUGAUAUGCUGCAUGUAUGAUGGUGCAAAGAUUGUUACGUUAGAUGAAUCCAAUCAAGACUCCGAAGACUACUUCCAAAUUGAGAAAUUUUUGAUAAAGGGCCAUGAAUCUAUGUGUUAUGGUGGUGACUGGGGUAAUGAUUUCAUUGCUACAUGUUCAUUUUAUGAUAAGUCCCUCUAA